GUCGGUCAGUGACAGCUGGGCUGCCUGGCCUCCUUAAUGCCAUUAGCAGAGCGCCUCCCUUGCACCGCCUGACCCAGAUCAGGAGCUAGAGGCUGUUGAUCAAGGCUGGUCUCACCUUUGGGGAGGCAUGGCACUCCAGACACCCCUUCCUUCCAACCUCCGCCGAGGCCUGACCACCUUCAGCGGCUCCCUCUUUGUCAACAACAAGACUGGUGAUGCUGGGGCAGCCCAGGUCUACUACCCAGGCCACGCCGUGCUAUCCAGCUUGCCCUUGCAAAUGAUGCUCUACUUCAAUGCUUUCUAUUUCCCGUUCUGGUGUGUCUCAGAAGGGAUCAUGCUCGAACUCAAGUUCAGCUUGCUGCCGGCAUACAACCAGUUUCUGCUUCUAUCCGCAUACCUGACACUCACCCUUGCAGAAGUCUUGCGCCUCUACCUGGGAUACAUUGGGAAUUUGCAAGAAAAGGUCCCUGAACUGGCUGGCUUCCUCCUCCUAUCCUUUAUGAUCGAGGUACCCACCGUGCUGUUCAUCCUGGCGGACAUGUACACCCUGCGACUACCACUGGAGACAGCGGUGAACCUGCUCCUGCUCCUCUUCCUCGUCUCUGAAAUCGCCGCUGCCUUCCAGGCCCUCAAACACAUGAGCAAGCAGCUGGCCAUGCAGUUCUACCUCAAGCAGUUUGAAGAAGGAGUGGGCCAAACCACUGGCGAUGGGCACAAGGGGCAGUGGGCUCGAGGCACCUGAUGCCGGCCAGCCCUGAACCCACCUCACUGUAACAAUAAUAGAUCUGUAUUGUCAAAGGCUUUCAUGGCUGGAAUCACUGGAUUGGUGUAGGUUUUUUGGGCUGUGUGACCAUGUUCUAGAAGCAUUCUCUCCUGACGUUUCACCU